AGAGGGAACAACCUUCUCCAUUUACAUCAUUUGAUUAAUCACUUCUGCUAUUGCAUAUAGCAAAUUGCGUAUCCAACAGCAAUCAUGAAGGUUCAAGGCAUGUUAACAAAUGAAGACCCCAACCCUAAGGUCGACAUUAGAUUGUAGAGCAAUAGUAUCCUCCUUGUCGAUCGGCCUGCCUGCUUUUUUUCAUGCCUGUCAAGUCUCAAAUCAAGCUCGUCUAUGGCCCCCAUCUCAACAUAACGCUUCAACCAACUCAACACUAUUGCAGCAAAGUCAUUCCAACCUUCCACAAUAUGUUCCGUAUCAAAUCAAUUCUUUCGAAGCACUACCGUCUGCGCCUCAGAUAUGUCAGGAAGUUCCCAGGAAGCGUGUGUCGAUUGCUUGCAGAGAAUGUCGAAGACGAAAAGUUCGAUGCAGUGGUCACCGGGGCACAUUGAAAGCCAAUUGCAAUCGCUGUGUGACCCAACCCAGGAAGCAAAAGCUGGUUACCCUGUAGGGUAGGAAGAGGGAUUGGGAGGGUUAAGAUAACAGCUGGGGAUAAGGGAUUUGAACCACUGAAGCACUCAAUCAAAUGCUUCCCAACGGCAGAAGGGCAAAAUAAUGUAAAGAAAGCGAUAAUAGCUGCUGCGACAGCUUUAUCAUAGGCAAGAAGGGCAUUGCCCCGACAUCUGGAAUAACGUCUAUUGAAAAAGCGUCCGAACCAAGCGAAC